AUGACCAGCGGUACUGAACCCCUCCGCCCUCUGAGACACAGGACAGGCGUGGAGGGAGGGGAGAGGGGGCAUGCAAGAGGGGGGAGGGUGUGGAGGUGUGGCCUUCCGAUAGGGAGAGCGGGUGAGGGGUGUUCGGACGCCUGGGUAGGGGACAACGGGGAGGGGAUGGGAAUGGGGAAUGGGGACUGGAAUGGGGAUGGAAAUGGGGAUGUCAAUGGGGAUGGGAAUGGGGAUGUGAAUGGGGAUGUGAAUGGGGAUGUGAAUGGGGAUGGGAAUGGGGAUGGGAACGGGGAUGUGAAUGGGGAUGGGAAUGGGGAUGGGAAUGGGGAUGUGAAUGGGGAUGAGAAUGGGGAUGGGAAUGGGGAUGGGAACGGGGAUGUGAAUGGGGAUGGGAAUGGGGAUGGGAAUGGGGAUGUGAAUGGGGAUGUGAAUGGGGAUGGGAAUGGGGAUGUGAACGGGGAUGGGAAUGGGGAUGGGAAUGGGGAUGGGAAUCGGGAUGUGAAUGGGGAUGGGAAUGGGGAUGGGAAUGGGGAUGGGAAUGGGGAUGUGAAUGGGGAUGUGAAUGGGGAUGGGAAUGGGGAUGGGAAUGGGGAUGUGAAUGGGGAUGUGAAUGGGGAUGUGAAUGGGGAUGUGAAUGGGGAUGAGAAUGGGGAUGAGAAUGGGGAUGAGAAUGGGGAUGGGAAUGGGGAUGGGAAUGGGGAUGGGAAUGGGGAUGGGAAUGGGGAUGGGAAUGGGGAUGGGAAUGGGGAUGGGAAUGGGGAUGUGAAUGGGGAUGGGAAUGGGGAUGGGAAUGGGGAUGGGAAUGGGGAUGGGAACGGGGAUGGGAAUGGGGAUGGGAAUGGGGAUGUGAAUGGGGAUGUGAAUGGGGAUGGGAAUGGGGAUGUGAACGGGGAUGUGAACGGGGAUGGGGAUGGGGAUGGGGAUGGGAAUCGGGAUGGGAAUCGGGAUGUGAAUGGGGAUGGGAAUGGGGAUGGGAAUGGGGAUGGGAAUGGGGAUGUGAAUGGGGAUGUGAAUGGGGAUGUGAAUGGGGAUGUGAAUGGGGAUGUGAAUGGGGAUGAGAAUGGGGAUGAGAAUGGGGAUGGGAAUGGGGAUGGGAAUGGGGAUGGGAAUGGGGAUGUGAAUGGGGAUGGGAAUGGGGAUGGGAAUGGGGAUGGGAAUGGGGAUGGGAAUGGGGAUAAUGGGGAUGAGAAUGGGGAUGGGAAUGGGGAUGGGAAUGGGGAUGGGAAUGGGGAUGGGAAUGGGGAUGGGAAUGGGGAUGGGAAUGGGGAUGGGAAUGGGGAUGUGAAUGGGGAUGUGAAUGGGGAUGUGAAUGGGGAUGGGAACGGGGAUGGGAACGGGGAUGUGAAUGGGGAUGGGAAUGGGGAUGGGAAUGGGGAUGUGAAUGGGGAUGAGAAUGGGGAUGGGAACGGGGAUGGGAACGGGGAUGGGAAUGGGGAUGGGAAUGGGGAUGGGAAUGGGGAUGUGAAUGGGGAUGAGAAUGGGGAUGGGAACGGGGAUGGGAACGGGGAUGGGAAUGGGGAUGGGAAUGGGGAUGUGAAUGGGGAUGUGAAUGGGGAUGGGAAUGGGGAUGUGAACGGGGAUGGGAAUGGGGAUGUGAAUGGGGAUGGGAAUGGGGAUGGGAAUGGGGAUGGGAAUCGGGAUGUGAAUGGGGAUGGGAAUGGGGAUGGGAAUGUGGAUGGGAACGGGGAUGGGAAUGGGGAUGGGAAUGGGGAUGUGAAUGGGGAUGAGAAUGGGGAUGUGAAUGGGGAUGUGAAUGGGGAUGGGAAUGGGGAUGUGAAUGGGGAUGGGAAUGGGGAUGUGAAUGGGGAUGAGAAUGGGGAUGGGAAUGGGGAUGGGAACGGGGAUGUGAAUGGGGAUGGGAAUGGGGAUGUGAAUGGGGAUGGGAAUGGGGAUGGGAAUGGGGAUGUGAAUGGGGAUGUGAAUGGGGAUGUGAAUGGGGAUGUGAAUGGGGAUGUGAAUGGGGAUGUGAAUGGGGAUGGGAAUGGGGAUGGGAAUGGGGAUGGGAAUGGGGAUGGGAAUGGGGAUGGGAAUGGGGAUGUGAAUGGGGAUGAGAAUGGGGAUGUGAAUGGGGAUGUGAAUGGGGAUGGGAAUGGGGAUGUGAAUGGGGAUGGGAAUGGGGAUGUGAAUGGGGAUGGGAAUGGGGAUGUGAAUGGGGAUGAGAAUGGGGAUGGGAAUGGGGAUGGGAACGGGGAUGUGAAUGGGGAUGGGAAUGGGGAUGUGAAUGGGGAUGGGAAUGGGGAUGUGAAUGGGGAUGUGAAUGGGGAUGGGAAUGGGGAUGGGAAUGGGGAUGGGAAUGGGGAUGUGAAUGGGGAUGUGAAUGGGGAUGUGAAUGGGGAUGAGAAUGGGGAUGUGAAUGGGGAUGUGAAUGGGGAUGGGAAUGGGGAUGUGAAUGGGGAUGGGAAUGGGGAUGUGAAUGGGGAUGGGAAUGGGGAUGGGAAUGGGGAUGGGAAUGGGGAUGAGAAUGGGGAUGGGAAUGGGGAUGGGAACGGGGAUGUGAAUGGGGAUGUGAAUGGGGAUGGGAAUGGGGAUGGGAAUGGGGAUGGGAAUGGGGAUGGGAAUGGGGAUGGGAAUGGGGAUGUGAAUGGGGAUGGGAAUGGGGAUGGGAACGGGGAUGUGAAUGGGGAUGGGAAUGGGGAUGGGAAUGGGGAUGUGAAUGGGGAUGUGAAUGGGGAUGUGAAUGGGGAUGUGAAUGGGGAUGUGAAUGGGGAUGUGAAUGGGGAUGUGAAUGGGGAUGGGAAUGGGGAUGGGAAUGGGGAUGGGAAUGGGGAUGGGAAUGGGGAUGGGAAUGGGGAUGGGAAUGGGGAUGUGAAUGGGGAUGGGAAUGGGGAUGGGAAUGGGGAUGGGAAUGGGGAUGGGAAUGGGGAUGUGAAUGGGGAUGUGAAUGGGGAUGGGAAUGGGGAUGUGAACGGGGAUGUGAACGGGGAUGGGGAUGGGGAUGGGGAUGGGAAUCGGGAUGGGAAUCGGGAUGUGAAUGGGGAUGGGAAUGGGGAUGGGAAUGGGGAUGGGAAUGGGGAUGUGAAUGGGGAUGUGAAUGGGGAUGUGAAUGGGGAUGUGAAUGGGGAUGUGAAUGGGGAUGAGAAUGGGGAUGAGAAUGGGGAUGGGAAUGGGGAUGGGAAUGGGGAUGGGAAUGGGGAUGGGAAUGGGGAUGGGAAUGGGGAUGUGAAUGGGGAUGAGAAUGGGGAUGUGAAUGGGGAUGUGAAUGGGGAUGGGAAUGGGGAUGUGAAUGGGGAUGGGAAUGGGGAUGUGAAUGGGGAUGAGAAUGGGGAUGGGAAUGGGGAUGUGAAUGGGGAUGGGAAUGGGGAUGUGAAUGGGGAUGGGAAUGGGGAUGUGAAUGGGGAUGUGAAUGGGGAUGGGAAUGGGGAUGGGAAUGGGGAUGGGAAUGGGGAUGGGAAUGGGGAUGGGAAUGGGGAUGGGAAUGGGGAUGAGAAUGGGGAUGGGAAUGGGGAUGGGAACGGGGAUGUGAAUGGGGAUGGGAAUGGGGAUGGGAAUGGGGAUGGGAAUGGGGAUGGGAAUGGGGAUGGGAAUAGGGAUGGGAAUGGGGAUGGGAAUGGGGAUGGGAAUGGGGAUGGGAAUGGGGAUGUGAAUGGGGAUGUGAAUGGGGAUGGGAAUGGGGAUGGGAAUGGGGAUGUGAAUGGGGAUGGGAAUGGGGAUGGGAAUGGGGAUGUGAAUGGGGAUGGGAACGGGGAUGGGAAUGGGGAUGUGAAUGGGGAUGUGAAUGGGGAUGGGAAUGGGGAUGGGAAUGGGGAUGGGAAUGGGGAUGGGAAUGGGGAUGGGAAUGGGGAUGGGAAUGGGGAUGGGAAUGGGGAUGGGAAUGGGGAUGGGAAUGGGGAUGGGGAUCCGGAAGAAUAUUGUGUCAGAGAAAAAUCACAAAGAUGGUUGAGCUUGAGAAUGCAGUUCGUUCCUUUGAACUCACAAUAUCCGUUCCUCUACAUUAGCCACGCCGAUCAAGUCGACUCAAUCAAAAGUCAACUCCCCAGCCUCCCCAGCCACGCUGCUUGA